AGUACAUUUAUAAUAGCAUUGGGGUGAGAGUAUUGUGGAGAGGUGCAGGCCGCGAUUCCGCACUUGCACACAAUGCUGCUCACUCAAGGGCAGGUUCGCCCCGCCUCCGCGGGUGUAAGGCGGACAGCUAAGCCUGCUAGAAUUGCGUUACGCUUAGCUUGCUCUUCCAACGCCGCGAUGGGCGAGGUCACCAUCCGCCGACGCCCACCGCACGGCGUGGAGAUACAGCCGUGCGGUCCUCACGCCUUCCGCGUGGGUGGUCUGCCGGACGAGAACAAGCCGCAGAACAUCCUGGAGGAGAUUGUGUGGUGGAAGGCCCGCGAGGUGGAGGUGAUGCGGGAGAAGCAGCCGCUGGCCCUCAUGAAGGCGCUGGCGGAGAAGGCGGCGCCCGCUCGGGACUUCCGGGGGGCCAUUCGGGCGAAGGCGGAGCAGACGGGUCGCCCCGGCCUGAUCGCCGAGGUGAAGAAGGCCUCCCCCUCCAAGGGGGUCAUCCAACCCGACUUCGACCCCGUGCGCAUCGCCCAGGCCUACGAGCGGGGCGGCGCGGCCUGCCUGUCCGUACUCACGGAUGAGAAGUUCUUCCAGGGUUCCUUUGAGAACCUCGCCCGCAUCCGCGCCGCCGGUGUGUCCUGCCCGCUGCUGUGCAAGGAGUUCAUUGUGGAGGCAUACCAGGUGUACAAGGCGAGGGCCAGCGGCGCUGACGCCAUCCUCCUGAUCGCCGCCGUACUGCCCAACUCGGAUCUGUCGUACUUCCUGAAGGCCGCCUCCAACCUGGGCAUGGUGUGUCUGAUCGAGGUGCACACGGAGGUCGAGCUGGCGCGGGUGCUGCAGCUGCCGGGGGUGGAGGGGCACCUGCUGGGGAUAAACAACCGGGACCUGGGCACGUUCAAGGUGGACCUGCACACCACCAAGCGGAUCAUGGACAGCGAGUGGGGGCAGCAGGUCAAGGAGCGGGGCAUCAUCAUGGUUGGCGAGAGCGGCAUCUUCACGCCGGCUGACGUGGCGUUCGUGCAGGGUGCGGGGUGCGGCGCCAUCCUGGUGGGGGAGUCCAUUGUGAAGCAGGGGGACCCGGAGGCGGGGGUGAAGGCGCUG